GCAUAAAUUAAUUAUUGGAAAGCUGCUGAACAAUGGAGCCAGACAUCAUUCGAAUGUACUCUUCAUCUCCCCCACCGCUAGACAAUGGAGCAGAGGAUGAUGAUGAGGAUGAAUUUGGGGAAUUUGGUGGAUUUUCAGAAGUCAGCCCUUCUGGUGUAGGGUUUGUUGAUUUUGAUACACCAGAUUAUACUCGUCCUAAAGAAGACUUUGUACCUUCAAACCAUUUUAUGCCAAUUCACAAUUAUUCAGAAAAUGUAGAUAGCCUUACGAGCUUUAAGUCCAUUAAAAAUGGUAAUGAUAAGGAUAUCACUGCUGAACUUUGUACUCCUGUGAAAAGUCAAUCUGAUGAACUUUCUACCACCAGCAAAGAGAUGAUUCCAUCUAAAACUUCAGAUCCUUCCAUCGAUGGCAUGGAAAGCCCAGGAGAUUUAAAUAAAGUUGUGGUGCAGGGACCAAACACUGGACAGCCCAGAAGUUUCUCUCCAGGUGAUUUUAGAACUGAUCCGAACAUUGUUCACCAAACCAAGCAAUUAGAGAGCUGCAACGGUGAAAAGCCUCCUUGUCUGGAAAUUCUAACAAAUGGGUUUGCAGGUUUAGAAACUGUAAAUCCUCAGGGAACAGAUGACCUGGACAACAUGACUGAUUCAAAGGGAUUGAAGCCUCUUAGCACUUGUGGCACUGAAUGUGGUUUAGAUUCUACAGCUAGUCUUACUAAGGAAUUUGCAGAUUUUGCUGCAUUUUCCCAAACAGAAAGGAUACAACUAGAAGAAAUAGAAUGUGCAGUUUUAAAUGAUGGUGAUGCACUGACCAUUCAGGAAAACAGCAGAAUCAGCAGGGUCAAUGAACUGAAUUCUUUGAAGGAUGUGUCUUUGGGUAGAAGCUUUGAGGAUAAAGGCGUUACUGAUGGAGAACAUCAGGUCUAUGUUUCAGAAGUGCAUGUAGUAACUGACAGAGGUUUCAGUGUUGACAAACAAGACCUUCAAACACAGCAAAAGAAUGAAUUUUUAAAUUCAAGAAUUCAGUCUGAGACGUGGAGUUUGGUAGACUCAACUGAAAAUUCAGAAGCCAUUAGGAGGGACCAGUGUAAAAGUGAGGAAAAUGAUUUAUUUGCUUCUAAAUGUGCUGACCUAUGCAUGGAUUCUAUUAAAACUUCUGAUGUUAAUGAAGUUGAUUCUUCCAAAGAAGGAAAUAGAAAGUUUACUAAUUCCAAAAACCCAAACCUUGAUUCCACAGAAGAAAAUGUUUUGGAUGAUUCGGCUGCAAGCAUAAAAAAUGGUGACAGUGGUAACGACUUUGUGACUUGCCAUGAUACCAAUGAGGAUGAUUUUGGUGACUUUGGUACAGCCAGUGGCACCACUCCACCUUUUGUUACUAGUACUCAAGAUUCAAUGAGUGAUGUCACUUUUGAAGAGUCCUCGGAGCAUUUUCUACAUUUUAGUGAACCAGGUGAUGAUUUUGGAGAAUUUGAGGAUACAAAUGCUGUUUCUUGCCAAGAGGAAAUGAUAUUUACUGAAUCCAACCUAAAACAGACCUCUGAUAGUUUAUCAGAGGAAGAUCAGUUGGCAGGAAAGUCUGCUGGAAAAGACAGUGAACCUGACUCAAAACUGGAAAAUGGUCAAGACAGUGAAUUUGGAGAUUUUGAUUCUGUGCCAAAUACUCAAGACAGCGGUAGUGCUUUCCAAGACUCAGAUGAUUUUGCAGACUUUAGUUCAGCAGGUCCUACUCAAGCUGUAGAUUGGAAUGCUUUUGAGGAUGAACAGAAAGAUGGUUGUUCUUGGGCUGCCUUUGGAGAUCAGCAGGCUACUGAAUCCCAUCAUCGAAAAGAAGUCUGGCAGUCACAUAGGACAGAUGAAAAUAUUGAUACUCUGGGAACCCCUAAGAUGCACAGUGUCUCUUUAGCAACUUCCAAAGGAACAGUUGCUGGUGGCCAUUUGCAGGAUUCAGGCACUUCAGUUCAGACAGCUUUACUCAACCGGUUGGAGAGAAUUUUCGAAGCCUGUUUUCCUUCUGUACUUGUCCCGGAUGCUGAUGAGGAAGUUACUUCCCUGAAGCACUUGCUGGAAAUCAACACCUCACCGAUAAAAACAAGAGAGGCCUUAGCUGAAAGCGGUGAACUGCUGGAUGUAUGGACGGAACUGCAGGAUAUUCAUGAUGCACAUGGCUUGAGAUACCAGUGGGGUGGCUCCCAUAGCAACAAGAAGCUUUUGUGUGCUUUGGGAAUAGACACUCGAAACAUUCUGUUUACUGGCAAUAAGAAGCAACCUGUUAUAGUGCCCAUGUAUGCAGCAGGGUUGGGUAUGUUAGAGCCUACCAAGGAACCAUUGAAGCCACUAUCUGCUGCAGAAAAAAUUGCUUCUAUUGGCCAGACAACCAUCAUGACACCAGAAAUGAAUACAUGUACAUCUGAUCCAUUCCAGGAGUCUCUCCCACCCGUCCAGUUUGACUGGAGUAGCAGUGGCCUUACUAACCCUUUAGAUGGUGUGGAUCCAGAGUUGUAUGAAUUAACAACUGCUAAGCUGGAGACCUCCACCUCAAGCCUCAAAGUGACUGACGCUUUUGCGAAGCUCAUGUCUACAGUGGAGAAGACAAGCACUUCGACCAGGAAACCAAAAAGAGAGGAACACCUAAGUGAAGAAGCAGUGAAGGUGAUCGCCAGCCUUCCUGACUUAACCUUCAUGCAUGCCAAGGUGUUGAUGUUCCCAGCCACACUGACGCCUUCCACAAGCUCCCAGGACGGAUAGCUGGUUGAAUUGGACAGUUUCAAAUACUUUCCCUUUCCUCCAUCCCUUCCUACCAUCAAAACAUAUCUGCUGUAAUUUAAAAAUAAAUAAAUACAGUCAAGUUCAGCUGAUUUGUCGGUAAGCCACACUAGAAAGGUAUACAUAGUAAUGUAUAUUUAUUUACAUACUGAAGUCCUAAAUUUAUAUUAGAAAAAAUGUAAAUAAUUGGGGAUGAACAUUUUUGAAGAUUUAUUCUUUUGUGUUGCUGGGGUGUAUACAUUUAUGUCUUUGUGAAAUAUACUGGUGGUGUCCUUCUUUAAAAAAAAAAAAAAAAAAAAACUUUUGAAAUAAAAAAAAGAAAAUUAAAAACUCAGAUCUCCACUGUCUGUGAAAUCCCCUUCAGUCUUUGCCCAUUGCAUUGACCGCUCUUAAUUUUCCCUACUGUAUGCAUUAUUACUUUUACUAUCACAAAAGCUCAAAUCCCUGUCUGAUUUUCAGUUUUAUAUGUGAUGGUUUGUGUCAGGCCUGGCUUUUGUUAACUUUUCUGGGCUCUGUGUUUAGUCUUUUCAAUCUGGCAUAUUGCUGUGUGACCUUUUGCAGAGGUCAUCGAUGCUCUCUGGUUGUGGGGUGUGGAUCACUGUCAGAAUUUGAUUGGAGGCUUGAACGAGAUUGUGCCUGUUUUUAAUUAGUGUGAUUUGGAGAAGGACCAAAUGACAUGUCUUAAAAUGAAAUUUGUUAGAAAUCUUUCUGUUCUAUCAUACCAUUAUUUUUUGAGGAUUUUGCACAGUGUAAAAAUGACAUAAUCAUAGAUUGCUAUGGUUUAGGCUGUAUAUACAGUAAAAAAAAAUUUAAAAAAAAAAACUAUGGGUUUUAAAUGUUUGGGGAAAUUCCUAUGGAAAAAAGAGAGACAUGUAGAAGAGCCU